GGAACACUAGUUUCUCAUUCUGUUGGGCUGUUGUUAGCAGUGACACCAUUUGCAAGCUGUUUAGCUUCAGCUUGAGAUCCCAAAAUGGAUUUUUGUUUUUGUGUGAGAGUGCUUGUGCUCUCACUGUUGACUUUUGGGCAGCAUGUAAAUGCACUCAGCUACAGAAGUGGAAGCUCUAAUUACAUUAAGCCUCACUUUGUUUACACAAGGAAUGACAAACUUCCUUUAGCGGCAGUUUUUGAAAGCUCUGCACAGUCUGGAGGGUUUCUGGGUAGUUCUGGAUCCAGUCACAGUGCAGGUGGGCAAGUAGAUAGGUACAGUCCAGAGGGAAGUGUUUCUAGUUACAGCUCUAGCUCACUGAACAUUCGAAAACCCACACAAAACUCCCAGCAGUCUCGUCAAACCAACCCCAAUGCAAAUGGUGUCUUCCAGACCAAAGCUGGCAUGUGGAAUUUGGGCUCACCCCAGAAUGGAAAAAGAUUUGAGUCUGGUAUUGCUUCAAGUAGGGGAAUUGUUAUGCAUGCUGGUCCUCAGCCCCCUUCCAUACCCGAGCAACUCAGCUACCAGCCCCCUUCUCAGUCCCAGCAGCUUGGCUACCGGGAGCCUGUCUACCCCUCCAGGCCCCAGGAUUCCGUCUACCCCUCCAGGCCCCGGGAUUCCGUCUACCCGUCCAAGCCCCUGCAGCACGACUACCCGUCCAAGCCUCUGCAGCCCGUCUACCCAACCAAGCCCCAGCAGCCCAGAUUCCAGCAGCCCGACUACCCGUCCAAGCCCCUGCAGUUCCUGAACACAUUCUGA